GUUCAAGCCGACGUCUAUCGUUUCUCUUUCCACUUGGAACUCGUAUUAGGGUUUCUGACUUCCUUAUAUCAGAGACUCUCUACACAUAUUUAGGGGAUUUGCUGCAAACCAACCGGUGGUUAUUGAGAAAGAUUUGGGAUUUCUUCGAUAACUAGGAUUAGGGUUAGAUGGGUACAGAAAGGAAAAGGAAGGUGAGCUUGUUCGACGUCGUAGAUGAAGCCACAGCGACCGCUAAGGUUAACAAAGCAAACGGCGGAGGCGCCGUUCAUGGUAUCAACAAUAGCACGGGUGGUAUGUCUCUCGUGAACAGCUGGAAUGGACGCCCUUACUCACAGCGUUAUUUUGAUAUCUUGGAGAAGAGGAAGACUCUACCAGUUUGGCAUCAGAAAGAAGAGUUUUUGAAAGUACUCAAAGAGAAUCAGACGCUUAUUUUAGUCGGAGAAACCGGUAGUGGUAAAACAACUCAGAUUCCUCAGUUUGUCUUGGAAGCUGUGGAGGUAGAGAGUGCUGAUAGACGCAAGAAAUACAUGGUUGGUUGUACCCAACCUCGUAGGGUGGCUGCAAUGUCAGUUUCCCGUAGAGUUGCAGAGGAAAUGGAUGUAACAAUUGGAGAGGAAGUGGGUUACAGCAUUCGUUUUGAAGAUUGCAGCAGUGCCAAAACUGUCUUGAAGUACUUGACAGAUGGUAUGCUUUUGAGAGAAGCCAUGACAGAUCCACUUCUGGAGAGACCCGAUCUUAAGCUGGUUGUAAUGAGUGCUACUCUUGAAGCUGAAAAGUUUCAGGGUUAUUUCUUCGGUGCACCAUUAAUGAAAGUUCCAGGUAGACUUCACCCUGUUGAAAUAUUCUACACUCAAGAACCCGAAAGGGACUACCUUGAAGCAGCAAUCCGAACAGUGGUGCAAAUACACAUGUGUGAGCCACCUGGCGACAUUCUUGUUUUUCUAACCGGAGAGGAGGAGAUAGAAGAUGCAUGUCGGAAAAUUACAAAAGAAGUUGGAAACAUGGGAGACCAGGUGGGUCCCGUGAAAGUUGUUCCUUUGUAUUCAACUCUCCCUCCAGCCAUGCAGCAGAAGAUAUUUGAACCUGCUCCACCUCCAUUGACAGAAGGUGGUCCUGCUGGAAGGAAGAUUGUGAUUUCAACAAACAUUGCAGAAACCUCUUUAACCAUAGAUGGCAUAGUUUAUGUGAUAGACCCUGGUUUUGCAAAGCAGAAGGUUUAUAAUCCGCGUGUACGUGUCGAGUCUUUAUUGGUUUCUCCAAUAUCAAAAGCAAGUGCUCACCAGAGAUCAGGGCGUGCUGGAAGAACACAGCCUGGUAAAUGUUUUAGGCUCUACACAGAGAAAAGUUUCAAUAAUGAUCUUCAACCUCAGACCUACCCUGAGAUCCUUCGAUCCAAUCUGGCAAAUACGGUUCUUACUUUGAAGAAACUUGAGGUUUUGAAUUACUUGGGCGCUUUGGAUGAUGAAGGAAACCUGACAAAGUUGGGUGAAAUCAUGAGCGAGUUCCCAUUAGAUCCUCAGAUGGGGAAGAUGCUUGUGGUGAGCCCUGAAUUCAACUGUUCUAAUGAAAUUCUUUCCAUCUCGGCUAUGCUAUCAGUACCCAAUUGCUUUGUACGGCCUAGAGAAGCUCAGAAGGCUGCUGACGAGGCAAAAGCAAGAUUUGGACACAUCGAUGGGGAUCAUCUCACGCUCUUGAAUGUGUAUCAUGCCUACAAGCAAAACAAUGAUGAUCAAUCAUGGUGUUAUGAGAACUUUGUGAAUCAAAGGGCGCUCAAGUCUGCUGAUAAUGUGAGGCAACAGCUGGCUCGGAUCAUGGCAAGGUUCAACCUCAAGUUAUGCAGCACAGAUUUCAACAGCCGGGAUUAUUACAUCAACAUCAGGAAAGCCAUGCUGGCAGGCUAUUUCAUGCAGGUUGCACAUUUGGAACGUACUGGACAUUAUUUGACUGUCAAAGAUAAUCAAGUGGUUCAUUUGCACCCAUCAAACUGUCUGGACCACAAGCCAGAAUGGGUUAUUUACAAUGAAUAUGUGUUGACAAGCAGGAAUUUUAUACGCACUGUUACAGAUGUUCGGGGUGAAUGGAUUGUUGAUAUUGCUCCACAUUACUAUGAUCUUGACAACUUCCCACAAUGUGAAGCCAAGCGGGUUCUAGAGAAGCUGUACAAGAAAAGGGAAAAAGACAAGGAGGAGAGCAGAAACAGAAGAUAGAGAACAACACUCCACUCCACUCAUGAUUUGGGUUUGGUUUUCAAUAUUAUUUUAAGGUCCUGAGCUGAGGAAUGGGGGUGUUUGUCUUUCCCAAGGUUAUUGGAGGCUGAGCCAGCAAUAUUUUAUCAUGUAUCUUUAGUUUAGCAACAGUUGGUUGGUUGGCUGGUUUUGUCUGAAUUGAAUAAUCUUAAAUCAGUUCAAUGUUGUCUGUUUCGUUCUAUUUAACCUUUUUUAACAUCUGGAAAAAAAGAGCUGCAAGUAAUGCUUUCUUUCUGUUUCUGAAAUAUGCCAU